GGUCCGGCCGCCCCCGGCCCCCGGCGGGCCCGCACCUUCGGGCCCCCCCCCCAGUGCCGCCAGCGCCCCCGCCGCCCGCCCGCUCCCGCGGGGCGCCGCGCCCCCGGCCAUGGCAAAGAAGAGCGCCGAGAACGGCAUCUACAGCGUGUCCGGCGACGAGAAGAAGGGUCCCCUGAUCGCGCCCGGGCCCGACGGGGCCCCGGCCAAGGCCGACGGCCCCGCGGGCCUGGGGGCGCCCGGCGGCCACCUGGCCGUGCCGCCGCGCGAGACAUGGACGCGCCAGAUGGACUUCAUCAUGUCCUGCGUGGGCUUCGCCGUGGGCCUGGGCAACGUGUGGCGCUUCCCCUACCUGUGCUACAAGAACGGCGGAGGUGUGUUCCUUAUUCCCUACAUCCUGAUCGCCCUGGUCGGAGGAAUCCCCAUUUUCUUCUUGGAGAUCUCGCUGGGCCAGUUCAUGAAAGCCGGCAGCAUCAACGUGUGGAAUAUCUGCCCCCUGUUCAAAGGCCUGGGCUACGCCUCCAUGGUGAUCGUCUUCUAUUGCAACACCUACUACAUCAUGGUGCUGGCCUGGGGCUUCUAUUAUUUGGUGAAGUCCUUCACCACCACGCUGCCCUGGGCCACGUGUGGCCAUACCUGGAACACUCCCGACUGUGUGGAGAUCUUCCGCCACGAAGACUGUGCCAAUGCCACCCUGGCCAACCUCACUUGUGACCAGCUUGCUGACCGCCGGUCCCCUGUCAUCGAGUUCUGGGAGAACAAGGUCUUGCGGCUCUCUGGGGGGCUGGAGGCUCCGGGGGCCCUCAACUGGGAGGUGACCCUGUGUCUGCUGGCCUGCUGGGUGCUGGUCUACUUCUGUGUCUGGAAGGGGGUCAAGUCAACAGGAAAGGUCGUGUAUUUCACCGCUACAUUCCCCUACGUGGUCCUCGUCGUGCUGCUGGUGCGUGGCGUGCUGCUGCCUGGAGCCUUGGACGGCAUCGUCUACUAUCUCAAGCCUGACUGGUCGAAGCUGGCGUCCCCUCAGGUGUGGAUAGACGCCGGGACCCAGAUUUUCUUUUCUUACGCCAUCGGCCUGGGGGCCCUCACGGCCCUGGGCAGCUACAACCGCUUCAACAACAACUGCUACAAGGAUGCCAUCAUCCUCGCACUCAUCAACAGCGGGACCAGCUUCUUCGCUGGCUUCGUGGUCUUCUCCAUCCUGGGCUUCAUGGCCGCGGAGCAGGGCGUGCACAUCUCCAAGGUGGCGGAAUCAGGGCCUGGCCUGGCUUUCAUCGCCUAUCCCCGAGCCGUCACGCUGAUGCCCGUGGCCCCGCUCUGGGCUGCCCUGUUCUUCUUCAUGCUGCUGCUGCUUGGCCUCGACAGCCAGUUUGUAGGUGUGGAAGGCUUCAUCACCGGCCUGCUGGACCUCCUCCCGGCCUCCUACUACUUCCGUUUCCAAAGAGAGAUCUCCGUGGCCCUCUGCUGCGCCCUCUGCUUUGUCAUUGAUCUCUCCAUGGUGACCGAUGGCGGGAUGUAUGUCUUCCAGCUGUUUGACUACUACUCGGCCAGCGGCACCACCCUGCUCUGGCAGGCCUUCUGGGAGUGCGUGGUGAUCGCCUGGGUGUACGGAGCCGACCGCUUCAUGGACGACGUGGCCUGCAUGAUCGGGUACCGACCUUGCCCCUGGAUGAAAUGGUGCUGGUCUUUCUUCACCCCGCUGGUGUGCAUGGGCAUCUUCAUCUUCAACACGGUGUACUACAAGCCGCUGGUCUACAACAACACCUACGUGUACCCGUGGUGGGGCGAGGCCGUGGGCUGGGGCUUCGCGCUCUCCUCCAUGCUGUGUGUGCCCCUCCACCUCCUGGGCCGCCUCCUCAGGGCCAAGGGGACCGUGGCUGAGCGCUGGCAGCACCUGACGCAGCCCGUCUGGGGCCUCCACCACUUGGAGUACAGAGCUCAGGACUCGGAUGUCAGGGGCCUGACCACCCUGACCCCAGUGUCUGAGAGCAGCAAGGUGGUGGUGGUGGAGAGCGUCAUGUGACAGGUGCCCCGGCUCACGUCACCAGCUCACCCUCUCGUAGCCAUAGCAGCCCCUGCUCCAGCCCCCCACCCCCCCAGGGGGCUUGCCUUUCCCUGACACCUACGGGGUCUGCCUGGGGGGUGGGGAGGGGAGGAAGCACCAGAGUGCUUAUAACUAAAAUAACUUUUUCCAUUUUUAAUAAAAUGCCAAAAAUGUCACGACCCAC